AUCACUUUAAAAGAAAAAUCAGGCCCUGCUUCUGUAAGAAGUCUGUUGAUCACUGCUCACAAGAUUCAAAGCAUUUGACUUUCAGUCUCCCAUCUAGCACAAAGUAUUCAGAGAAGUGCAGAUGAUAAACUUCGGAGAUAAGCAUGAUUUUAGCUGUCAGAGUAAUACAGAACAAUUCAGAGCCAAAGCUUGCUAAUGUAGGAUUGUAUCUAUUCAGUUCUGCAACACUGGUUCUAUAUGCAGCUUGUGCCUUAGGCUGUUCUGCUCAGAAUUUCACAAAUCCCCAAACUCUUCAAAGACUCUGCCAUUGUUGCCUGGAGACCUUAGCUUCACACUUUCCUUCUCCCUGUGACAGGUGACUAUCUUUUUCUCGGACAUUGUGGGGUUCACAAGCAUUGCUGCCUCCUGUACUCCCUUGCAAGUUGUUGAGAUGCUCAACAAUCUGUACAUCUGCUUUGACAGCAGGAUUGAGUCUUACGAUGUUUACAAGGUGGAAACCAUUGGUGAUGCGUACAUGGUAGUGAGCGGCCUGCCAGAGAGGAAUGGCACCAAACACGCUGACGAGAUUGCCAAAAUGUCUCUGGAUCUGGUGGCAGCAGUUCGUCAGGUUGUGAUCCCUCAUAUGCCAAUGGGCAGACUGCAGCUGCGGGCUGGGAUACACACAGGACCCUGUGUAGCUGGAGUUGUGGGGUACAAAAUGCCUCGUUAUUGCCUUUUUGGGGACACUGUAAACACAGCCUCCCGCAUGGAGUCCACCAGCUUGCCACAGAAGAUCCAUAUCAGUUCCGCUACAUAUGAUGCCCUUCUCACAGAUGAUGCAUAUGAAAUUGAACUGAGAGGAGAAAUUGAAGUCAAGGGCAAAGGGAAAAUGAAAACCUACUGGCUUCUUGGUAACAAGAACUACGGUGUCCAAAAUGACAGCCUGGUGUGUCACUGGAAUCCAGCAAUCUCCAAGAAAAAGAAGAUGGAAAGUAGCCAGGGAUCUGUCCAACAACAUAGUGCAGGCGCUGUGGGAGCAGCACUGGCCGAGCAGAGCCCUGCAAUGCCCUGGGAUGAGCUGAGCCCUGACAGUCACACUCAAGGGAGUUCCAGACCAGCCUGGACUCCUGAGAGUGCCACCCAUGGCACGAGCCAGAAGCAGAGGGAUGGAUUUCAUCAAAGCUCCCACCAGAGCCUGCAGGAGAACCUCACUUCGCUGAGCUCACCUGCUUUGGGGGAAGGUGACAAAGGUGCCAGUUUAGAAUACAGGGCACAGCUUGGAGACCAUGGUAUUAAAGCAAUACGGAAAAAUGAGUUUCUCCCAGGUUUUGUAGAUGAGAUGUGACAGGAUAAGAAAUGACUGGACUGCCCCAGGCACACACAAUUCUUUUAAAUAACAUUCUCUUUUUGUUCUUAGCCAUAAUUCACAUUUUUAACUAGUAAGUUUACUUGGGAACCUAAAACACUAACAGAAAUUUAGAAAGGUGUCUCUAAACAAGGAGAAGUUACAAAAGUGUAGGUGGAGUUCCAUCAGGAGCAUGAAUGGUACAUAAAAGAUGUACAGCAAUGUGACUCCUUUCACUCCAGUAAAGCUAUUCUAGAUUUAUAUUUGUAGGUGACACAGAAUUUAACCAUCGAGGUCCAGACAUAGUGAGGACACUUUCAGAAACUGAGCCAGCUUAUUUCAAGCUAGUCUGUACAUCUCUCCAGUAAACUAUCGCUUGCAAGGCAUGUAUAACUGUAGGUAGUAGGAGAGGGAGUAGUGACACCCUGAUGGAGGACAGGUAAAUAACUCUUUCUGAUCAUUGUUUCAGAGAUACAAAUGAAGUGGGAACAAUAUUAAAUUACUUCUAUUAAGUGUCUGCAGCACUUCGUCUUUCCAGCUCUUCUCCACUACACUACUUCUCCAAACGUGUAUUUUUUCCCUUAUCCAACCACCAAGGGGGUUGAUGGUGAGACAAAGACGCAGUCUAACUGUAUAGAAGACAUAAAGAGGACAAGCUAUUUCUCCCAUCAAAUUGUAAUUUGCUUUUCUUUCCUUGUUGGAGGAAGAGACGCCUCUGCAGUGAUGAGCAGAGCAUAGUAAAAUCCUCUUCAGAGAAAUCAAAGCAAACUGAAUUACUUCCUGACAUUGACAAUUAGUAACUCUAAGCGGAGUUCAAUUCAUUUGUAAGUGGGCUGCACAUAUUUGUUGUCAUUAACCCUAUCCUGCUAGCCGCCUUCUUUGAGCAAUUCCAGAGUGAGGGAACCAUUCUGAUGGGAACAGAAGCACAAGUGUAGGGGAGAGGGGGUUUGGCCUGUCUCCUCUCCCAGUCGACAGGUUCAUGUAAAGCAUUACUACUGCAUAAGAGAAAGAUCUUAGCCGAUUAAAGUUCUUUUUAAGGGAGGCAAGGCAGUGCUUAAUGGUUGCAGAAGGCAAC